AUGGCGCCUCUGAACCAGCUGAGCAGCCAGAUCAACUCCACCUGUGGGGCAGAGAACUCCACAGCGGCCAGCCAGGGCCACCCACAUGCCUACUAUGCACUCUCCUACUGUGCGCUCAUCCUGGCCAUCGUCUUCGGCAAUGGUCUAGUGUGUGUGGCAGUGCUGAAGGAACGGGCUUUGCAGACCACCACCAACUACCUGGUGGUGAGCCUGGCUGUGGCAGACCUGCUGGUGGCCACCUUGGUGAUGCCCUGGGUGGUGUACCUGGAGGUGACAGGUGGAGUCUGGAACUUCAGCCGCGUUUGCUGCGAUGUUUUCGUCACCCUGGAUGUCAUGAUGUGUACCGCCAGCAUCCUGAACCUCUGCGCCAUCAGCAUCGACAGGUACACCGCGGUGGUCAUGCCAGUUCACUACCAACAUGGCACUGGACAGAGCUCCUGUCGGCGCGUGGCCCUCAUGAUUACAGCCGUCUGGGUACUGGCCUUUGCUGUGUCCUGCCCUCUCCUCUUUGGCUUCAACACCACAGGAGACCCCACUGUCUGCUCCAUCUCCAACCCUGACUUUGUCAUCUACUCUUCAGUGGUGUCCUUCUACCUGCCCUUUGGAGUGACUGUCCUCGUCUAUGCCAGGAUCUACAUGGUGUUGAGACAGAGGAGACAGAAACGGAUCCUCACUCGACAGAACAGUCAAUGCAUCAGUGUCAGACACAGCUUCCCUCAACAACCACUCUCCCCUAGCCAGGCACACAUGGAGCUGAAGCGCUACUACAGCAUCUGCCAAGAUACUGCCUCGGGGCGAUCAGUCUUCCAAGAAGCCGGAGGAGAGUUGAAAAGGGAGGGGAGGACUCGGAACUCCCUCAGCCCCACCAUGGCACCCAAGCUCAGCUUAGAGGUUCGAAAACUCAGUAAUGGCAGGUUGUCGACAUCUCUAAAGCUGGGGCCCUUGCAGCCUCGUGGAGUGCCACUUCGGGAGAAGAAGGCAACCCAGAUGCUGGCCAUUGUGCUUGGGGCCUUCAUUGUCUGCUGGCUGCCCUUCUUUUUGACCCACGUUCUCAAUACCCACUGCCGAGCCUGCCACGUGUCCCCAGAGCUUUACAGCGCCACCACGUGGCUGGGCUACGUGAACAGUGCCCUCAACCCCGUGAUCUAUACCACCUUCAAUGUCGAGUUCCGUAAAGCCUUCCUCAAGAUCCUGUCUUGCUGAAGGAGAAGAGAGCGUACUCCCUGUGCCCACCCUUAGCUGCCAGGCCAUUGAGCCACUGGCCAGGGUCUGCUCAAAAAGACUAUGCUGUGUUCUCUGGCGUGGGGUAGGAAGAAGACUCGCAGAGGCAGGACCUCCCUGAGUAGCAGGUAUAACCAACUGCUUCCUCCUAAACAGAAUGUUCUACCUCCCCAGCUAAAAUCUGACUUCAUCCUCUCAAGCUCCAAGUGGUUGGGAGGUCCCCGAGUGACAAGCAAUAAUUCAGAAAGAAGCUGAUAAAACAUGACUCUACACACACACAAAAUUGUCAUCAGAGGCAUGAUUCAUCACAGUGAAGAAAAAAUGAACAGAUCUCAUAAUUGUCAACUUGCCGGGGGUCCUUGAAAUCUCAGCCAGUAAACCAUCUUGCAGAAUA